ACCUAGUAAGACUUUCUCUUGAUGCCCCCACCUAUGGCUUCGGGGAAGGAACUGACUCUUCACAAAUGCUACCCUCUCUAAAAAUAUUACAUCUCCAUGCUCUGUCUCAGCUUAAUUCUUCUCAAGGAUAAAGGUUAUCAAACAGUCUCUUGCCUCCAGGAGUAUUUAAUAACUCAAUUAUUCCAGCUGUAAUAUGAAUCUUGUUCACUGCCCUCUAAGGAAAAGGUGUGUGUGUAUGUGUAAUUUUUUCUCCACCAUACCAGGUAAGUUGCAGAAGGAGCUUUUAUUGGAGAAGCUAAGAAGUGUUGAAUAAGAGAGCUAUGAUCCAGGAAUACAGUUAUCAUUGGAGAAAUCAUUCUCCUUUUCUUGGAUGGAAUUGGCAAAGAGUGAACCUAAGUUUAAUGGUAGUGGAAUACUAAAUGGCUAUUUGACAAGAUAAUUGUGACAAAAAAAAAUCCCACAAGUAAUUUCAUAGGAUAAUGUCAGGGAAAACCUGUAAGAACAAGCCACUCCUUCCUUCUCUCCUCCUCUGCAGUGCUCACUCAACCAUGUAAAUUGAUUUGGAGUUAGAGGACCUGAGUCUGAUUCCAUCUUCUGUGACAUUCUUGCUAAGUGAACUGUAGAAAAAACCUUUCACCUCUCUGAAAAAUGGAGAUGAGGAUUAGCAACCUGGUCAGAAACCACAGCAGAUGCUUGUUUCAUUUCUUUUGCGUGUUUGCCUUUACAGGCCAAAUGUGUCUGUGCAGACCCUUAUUGCUUCUGACCAUUGUUGUACAGGAGACGGGGUGUGACCAGAUAAUUCUUUUUACCCAUGUAUAAGCCACUUUUGUUUUCUGUUUGUUUUUUUGGUAUAGAUGGGAUCUUAUCGUGUUGCCCAGGCUGGUCUUGAACUUCUGGCCUCUUGCCUUAGCCUCCCAAAGUGCUGGCAUUACAGGCAUGAGCCACUAGCACCUGGCUAUAAGCCAUUUUCUUUCUUGCUUCUUUUUUUUUCAAGACAGAGUCUCACUUUGUUGCCCAGGUUGUAGUGCAGUGGUAUAAUCUCGGCUUGCUGCAACCCCCACCUUCUGGGUUCAAGUGAUUCUUAUUCCUCAGCCUCCAGAGUAGCUGGGAUUACGGUGUGCACCACCACGCUCAGUUAAUUUUUGUAUUUUUAGUAGAGAAAAAGUUUUGCCAUGUUGGCCAGGCUGGGCCAUUUUUUUACUGAAGUGUUCAGGUGGGCAAGCUCCUUCCUCCCCCACUCCUAGAGGCAAAGAAAAACAAUCGCCAAAACGUAAUGACAACAAAUAUGUCUGUGUUCAAAAUUAAAUUUGUGUUCUUGGUAAGCCUCAUGAUAGAGCCACUUACUUUAUUUUGUAAUGGAUUAUUGAAGUCAGUUUUCCAGAUAACCAGACAAGUUUGUCUCAAGAUCAGAAUUAUUUUCCCAAAGCUAUAGACAGGAUGAAACUAAGCAAUAGUAGUUAGCUCAAUUGCACAAGCAAAUUUCUGAAAGAUGUUGGAACUUCUUCAGAGUUAAUGGAAAACCUUACAGGAAUUAUGGUGUAUGGUAAUAAUCAAAUGACACUUCACUCCUUUCCCACUUCUAUCUGACUUAAUAGUUCCCUAUAUUUAGGCAUCUAUUUAUAUCAUGAAUCCUCAUGAAACUUGGACAAUUUUAUACCAUGUUGAUCACAUAAAAUGAGUAAAAAAUAUCUGGGGAAAUUCUCUCUUAACCUACAUUCCAGGAAAAAAAAAAUAGAAACACCACAUUAUCAUUCGAGUCUUUUGAGAAGACCUCACAUUUUCUUCCAAAGGCAAGUACCCACUGACUUAGAAAGAGUGGUGUUUAAGAGCAAGAUCCUUGUGCCUUGGUUUCUUCAUCUACCUAUAACUUAUUUAAGGUAUUAUGAAUGAGACAGUGUACACAGAGGGCCUGGCAAUUAGUAAAUGAUUAAUAUUACUACUGCUGCUAUUAGUUUUAAAUUAUCAAUAUGUUUGUUUAUAAAUUUGCUGCCUCUUCCAAUAGAAAUUAAGCCCUAUGGUACUAGAAUCUUACCUGUUUUGUAUAGGUAGGCAACGCUGAAUGUGUCUCAAAUGGAGCAUAAAAGCAAAGUCUCUUGGUAAGGAUGGGAUUUAGGGUCAAAGGAAAUUCCCCUGAGGAACUCUAAAACUGACAUUAUCUUAAGUUUUAGCACUUGGGAAGUUUCAAAGACUUUCCAAAAGGAUAAGUGUAUCAUGAUAUGUAGGUAUAAAUACCAAGACAACUGCAGAGUUAUUUUAAUCCAAGUCUGUUGAGGCUUUAUUAUGUGAUACAGCAUUGUGAGUUAAGGUAACAGAAAAUGAUACACUUUGUUCUUCAAACUUAUUUGGCAAAUCAAGGGUACUGGAGGUUUAUGACAAUCAGUAGUGUCUAAGUCAAGUUACACCCCAACUAUACCAGGAAAAAGGACAGGAAAGAACACACUGUGAAAUUUUACUGUGCACCAACAUUAUAUUUUACACAUCAGGUGGGCUGUUAUGGAAAUUAAGAACUCUGCACAAAAUGUAUUUUUUUUUAAAAGUUAGAAAAGGAACAUUUUCUUCUAAAAAUUAGUACAGCUAAACAAAAUAAAAAUAAUAAUCCUAUCACACAAAUUAAAAAUAAAACUUGGGAAGUUUUGAUCAGGCUUGCCUAAAAUGAGUUGAAACCAGAGCCAUUUUAAGAAUCCAAAAUAUGAGAUUAGUUUUGUUCAAAAAGAAUUGUCCAUAAAAGUUAAUAGAUGUUUGCAUAGUUACCAUAAAAUAAGAGGUAAGCCUUUAUGUAUUUUUACUUCAUAAAGUUGAAUUUCUAUUAAAAUCUAUUACAAGAAAGGGAAAGUAACUUUCCAGUAAUAUUUAGAUUUUUUAGUAAUAUUGAGCCUAUAUUUAUGGGACAUCAUUUUUUAAUGUUUGUUCACUGCAUAUUUUGUUAUGUUUGUCAUAGGAAAUUAAAUUUGCUUACCAUUCUUAACGAUAAUUCUCUUUCCUCAUUUGAUUAUGCUUAUCUCAAUUAGUAUAAGAGACUUGUUGAUUUUUUUAAAAAUUAAGGACAUACUAAAUUUCCCCGAGAUAGUUAUUUUGCAGUAAUAUAGAUAAGCGACUCAGAUUAACUUUAAAACAAACCACCAUACAUUCCAUUCAAUUUAUUUUUGCCAGGCAUUGUUUUAGCGUCUUUAUACAGCCAUGUACAAAAUAGACAAGAUUCCAGCAUCAUGAUGCUUAUUUUCUAUUCUAGGACACAAAAUAGAAAAAAAAAAUCUCAAAUAGUGGUAAGCGUUUUGAAGAAAAGUAUAUAGGACAGCGGGGUAGAGAAUGACCAGGCGUACCAUAGCUAGGGUGGUCAAGGCAGGCCUCUCUUGAGUUUAAGAGCUGAAUGAGCAUGGCAGAGAGAAACAGUUAACGUGGAUACUGUUCAGGUUUCUUUCUCCCUGGGACCAAAAUGUUUCGAAGUCUCCAUAUCUCCGUUUACCCUAACUUGUCAUGAACAUAAAACCUCUUCUUAUGUUACAGGCAAAAAUCUGAGGUUCACAGAGUAGUAGGGCAAGUAACUGAUUCCGAAGUGUGUACUUGCCUUUAUGAUACUGGAUACACACUGGUGUUAAGGAGAACGAUGUACGUGGCAGAGGUUCGGAGAGUACUGGACAUGUUGGUUCCAACUUGGGUUUAUCCUGGCAGGCUCUAGGUAGAGAGGCUCAGAAAACCUGCGUCCAUCCUGCCCAUGUUUCCUCCCAUUUCCGAAACCAUGGCCCCGGUUUCGAGUCCAGAAAAAAGGAAUAAGUAGACAGAACUCCCAAAGCACAGCUUUCCUGGCUGACCAAGAUGUAAACAGUUUACGUGAUGACUUCCAACCAAGCGCAAAAGUACAAGUGCAAAAGAAGACGGCAGACACUAAACUUCCCCUGCAGCCACGCCCUCCCCACUUUGGGAGUCUGGGUUCCCGGGAGGGAAGGCCUCCCUGUUGGUGUUCAACGUGUUACGUCACUUCCGCUACCUCCACGGCAGGCGUCGCUAAAUGACGUUGCCGUUUCCGGGUCACCGAGGCAGCCUGUGGAGGCGAAAGCAUCGGUGUUCGCUGAUGUCCAGUCUAUGGAGUCAGUUGGUACCGGUGGCGGCGCGGAGGCAGAAGGCGGUGUCCGAGUAGGGGCCUCUGCCCCACCAGGAUGUUACCGGGCUUGGCCGCCGCCGCCGCGGCCCACAGAUGUAGCUGGUCCUCCCUGUGCCGGCUCCGUCUGCGAUGCAGGGCGGCGGCCUGUAACCCCAGCGACUGCCAGGAGUGGCAGAAUUUAGUGACAUUUGGAAGCUUUUCAAACAUGGUUCCCUGUAGUCAUCCAUAUAUUGGUACACUGAGUCAAGUAAAGUUGUACUCCACAGAUGUUCAGAAAGAAGGACAGGGAUCACAAACACUCAGAGUGGAAAAAGUACCAUCAUUUGAAACAGCAGAAGGUAUAGGCGCAGAACUCAAAGCUCCCCUUAAGCAAGAACCUCUCCAAGUAAGAGUUAAAGCAGUCCUUAAGAAAAGGGAGUAUGGAUCAAAGUACACUCAGAAUAAUUUCAUCACUGGAGUCAGGGCAAUAAAUGAGUUCUGCCUCAAAUCCAGUGAUCUAGAACAACUUCGAAAAAUCAGACGACGAAGUCCCCAUGAAGAUACUGAGUCUUUUACUGUAUACUUGAGAUCAGAUGUGGAGGCAAAAUCUUUGGAAGUUUGGGGAAGCCCUGAAGCUCUUGCCAGAGAGAAAAAAUUGCGUAAGGAAGCAGAAAUAGAAUACAGAGAAAGGCUAUUUAGAAACCAAAAAAUAUUAAGAGAAUACAGAGAUUUCUUGGGAAAUACCAAGCCACGCUCCAGAACGGCAUCAGUGUUUUUUAAGGGACCAGGAAAAGUGGUGAUGGUUGCAAUUUGCAUCAAUGGAUUAAACUGCUUCUUUAAAUUUCUUGCCUGGAUUUAUACCGGUUCAGCAAGUAUGUUCUCAGAAGCUAUACACUCAUUAUCUGAUACUUGUAAUCAGGGUUUACUAGCAUUGGGCAUCAGUAAGUCUGUUCAAACACCAGAUCCUUCUCAUCCGUACGGAUUUUCAAAUAUGCGCUAUAUUUCUUCGCUAAUUAGUGGUGUUGGUAUUUUCAUGAUGGGUGCAGGACUAUCUUGGUACCAUGGAGUCAUGGGAUUGCUUCAUCCUCAACCAAUAGAAUCCCUUCUAUGGGCAUAUUGUAUUUUAGCAGGAUCAUUAGUAUCUGAAGGAGCAACACUUCUUGUUGCUGUAAAUGAACUUCGCAGGAAUGCUCGGGCUAAAGGAAUGUCAUUUUACAAGUAUGUAAUGGAAAGUCGUGAUCCUAGUACAAAUGUGAUAUUAUUGGAGGAUACUGCUGCAGUCUUGGGAGUUAUAAUAGCAGCCACUUGCAUGGGCCUUACUUCUAUAACAGGCAAUCCACUGUAUGACAGCCUAGGUUCUUUGGGUGUGGGCACCUUAUUAGGCAUGGUCUCAGCAUUCCUCAUCUACACUAACACAGAAGCACUCUUAGGGCGGUCCAUCCAGCCAGAACAAGUACAACGGCUCACUGAACUCCUGGAGAAUGACCCAUCAGUAAGGGCAAUUCAUGAUGUUAAAGCCACAGAUCUGGGAUUAGGUAAAGUAAGAUUUAAGGCAGAAGUAGAUUUUGAUGGGCGAGUUGUUACAAGAUCAUAUUUGGAAAAACAAGAUUUUGACCAAAUGUUACAAGAAAUUCAAGAAGUGAAAACUCCUGAAGAACUAGAGACCUUUAUGCUUAAACAUGGAGAAAAUAUUAUUGAUACUUUAGGAGCUGAAGUAGAUAGACUUGAGAAGGAACUGAAAAAACGAAAUCCUGAAGUUCGACAUGUAGAUUUGGAGAUACUGUGAGUUUGAUGGAAUGAAUCACCUGGGUGGGGACCUUGGAAACAAGUUUGUCCGUCCACUCUACAAAGUUUCCUCCUCUCCUACACUGAAGGACUCAGUGCCGUGCAGAAGCCUUUUUUUUAAGAUGAAGGAAAUAUUUUAUGUAAAGAGCAACUCAGUAGGACACAGAACUAAAACUACUACUUACAUCUAAGAGACACACUACAAGUUGAAUCAAUUUGAAAAUCAUGUUUUUAUGCUUCCAUAGGGAACAUUUUGGUUAUUUAAAUUGUUCAUAAUAUCCCAUAUUUCACCUGUUCAGUGUAUACUGUACUUUGCAAUCAUCUUUCCUUUUUUCACAUUGGUAAAAAUAAGUGGCAUCCAUAGGAUCAUGAUUUUUAAUUUGUUGCCUCUGAAGAUUUCACUCCAUCAAGAUCUGCCAAUCUUGAAUAUUCUGGCUAAAUCUUGGUAUGUGGUUUUUAAAGUCACUCCGUUUCAAAGUCUGUCUUUCCUUAUACAGUGUGGAAAUUAUUUCUCCAUACCUUGUGAUUUUGACCUGAGUGCUAAGAGAAUCACUCUCCUUACCUAGUUAUCUACAAAUGUUCAUUCCAGAAAUGUUUAGUUACUGAAUUGAAUGAAGACAUCUCAGUAUACUCUUUUAGGUCAUAGUAGUUGCCAUUUUGUAAAAUUUAUUUUUUCUUCUUUGCUCUUUUCCCCUUAUUUGGUUUAAUUUUUCUAAUGUUAGGAGAUAUAGUCCUAGAUAUUUCCAUGGGCCAGUGUGAUGACUUUUUUUUAAAUGAGGUUCAGUACCAUAAUGUUUAUUUACUGGGAGAUAAUGCAUUUAUAAGCAUUUUAAAAUUCUGUAAAAUGGGUUAGAAAUAUUUAUAAUUUUACAGGCAGGACAGCAUUUGACUUUUAUUUAAAAGGCGGCACUACUUAUGUAAAUCUGAGCUGUGGGAUAUUUCUGGCUUUAAGAGAGAGACAGAAUCUCUUACUGAAACUCAUGGUCGUGAUUUUGUAUAAUAUAGUUCAUACUGUGUCUGUGAGUUUCUUCCAGUUACAAAUGGGCAUUUAGCAUAGUUAUAUUGACUAUAACAUGUAAGUAAAUAGCUUUCUACUGACCCUAAGUUAUCAAGGUGAAAAAAACAUGCAAUUCAGUAAUUGAAAAUGUGGUGAAAAGCUGCAGCUGUCAUCAUCAAAACAACUCAUAACGUACUUUAAAAUGUUCAGGUAGCAGUGAGCAUUGUUCAUAUGAGAAUGGCGGCUGGGUGAUCUCUUUGCUGAAUAAAUGAGUUGUUAACAUGUGGACCCAACUGCGUGCGUGAGAUCUGUCUUAAAACUUACUGAAAUGGAAAUUUAUGAAUUAUUGCAAAUUGUAAUGCUGGAAACAAAAAAUAAAUCCUUGGUUAAAGGGUU